AUGAACCUCAAUUACUAUUCGAUCGGUGUGUGGUCAUAUGUGCUUCUAAUAUUCUUACUUUGCAACUCGGACGCUCUGUUUAAAUUCACGAAUAUAAAGUGUACAUGCUAUGAAAAGUCUUUUUGCGAGCUCAAACGCUGUGAACUUAAGCUUCUGGGUCGUGGCAUUGUGGGCCUUUUUUUACAUGCCCAGGCCAAUCAACUGCCUAUUAACACUUCGACGUGCGUCCUAACCUUGUACCGAAGGUUCAAUGGCUAUAGACCGUUCCUCUAUAAUGUAACCGUCGAUGUAUGCAGCUUCCUGAAAAACCGAAAACGCUUUCCAUUUUUCAACUUAGUCUACGAUGGUAUACGGAAUUUUAGCAACAUAAAUCACAGCUGUCCCUACAAUCACGAUAUAAUCGUGAACCGAAUGGUCCUGACUGACAACAUGAUAGCUAAGGUUCCCGUGCCGAGUGGUUUUUACAAACUUAAAUUCAACUUGAAAACAGAUGGCGUUUGGCGGGGCGAAGUGGAAGUCCACGUUGAGGUGAAUUUGGGAUUUGAUCGCUGA